GGAGGCUGAUGGGCAAAGCUCAGAAAAUUCUCCGCAGUACUUGCAAACAGCCCGCUCAGGUCAAGCCAGCCACGUUUUCUGCUUUCCUGCCCUUUGGGGGAUUGUUGGAAUUUCACUUCUUGCUGCCUGCGCGAAGCCCCCGGGCACUGCGACUGGACUGGGAACGCUUGGAGGUGCGUGUCCGCCAAUGCAGCAAGUGUUGGAUAACCUUACGGACCUGCCCUCGUCAACAGGAGCAGAAGAAAUCGACUUGAUUUUUCUCAAAGGAAUUAUGGAGAAUCCUAUUGUCAAAUCACUUGCUAAGGCUCAUGAGCGGCUAGAAGAUUCAAAAUUAGAAGCGGUCAGUGACAAUAACUUGGAAUUAGUUAAUGAAAUUCUUGAAGAUAUCACUCCUCUAAUGAAUGUGGAUGAAAAUGUGGCAGAACUGGUUGGUAUACUCAAGGAACCUCACUUCCAGUCCCUCCUGGAAGCUCAUGACAUUGUGGCGUCCAAGUGUUAUGAUUCACCUCCAUCAAGCCCAGAAAUAAAUAAUGCUUCUAUCAAUAAUCAGUUACUACCUGUAGAUGCCAUUCGUAUUCUUGGUAUUCACAAAAGAGCUGGAGAACCACUGGGUGUAACAUUUAGGGUUGAAAAUAAUGACCUGGUGAUUGCUAGAAUUCUUCAUGGAGGAAUGAUAGACCGGCAAGGUCUGCUUCAUGUGGGAGAUAUCAUCAAAGAAGUCAAUGGCCAUGAGGUUGGAAACAAUCCAAAGGAAUUACAAGAAUUACUGAAAAAUAUCAGUGGAAGUGUUACCCUAAAAAUUUUGCCAAGCUAUAGAGAUACCAUUAUUCCUCAACAGGUGUUUGUGAAAUGUCAUUUUGACUAUAAUCCAUACAACGAUAACCUGAUACCCUGUAAAGAAGCAGGAUUGAGGUUUUCAAAAGGAGAAAUUCUUCAGAUUGUAAACAGAGAAGACCCAAAUUGGUGGCAGGCUAGCCAUGUGAAAGAGGGAGGAAGCGCCGGUCUCAUUCCCAGCCAGUUCCUGGAAGAGAAGAGAAAAGCAUUUGUCAGAAGAGAUUGGGACAAUUCAGGACCUUUCUGUGGAACCAUAAGUAGCAAAAAAAAGAAAAAGAUGAUGUAUCUCACAACCAGAAAUGCAGAAUUUGAUCGUCAUGAAAUUCAGAUCUAUGAGGAGGUAGCCAAAAUGCCUCCCUUCCAGAGAAAGACAUUAGUAUUAAUAGGAGCUCAAGGUGUGGGCCGGAGAAGCUUGAAAAACAGGUUCAUAGUAUUGAAUCCUACUAGAUUUGGAACCACAGUACCAUUUACUUCACGGAAGCCAAGGGAAGAUGAAAAAGACGGCCAGGCCUAUAAGUUUGUGUCCCGAUCUGAGAUGGAAGCAGACAUUAAAGCUGGGAAAUACUUGGAACAUGGGGAAUAUGAAGGAAAUCUCUAUGGAACCAAGAUCGAUUCUAUUCUUGAAGUUGUCCAAACUGGACGAACGUGCAUUUUGGAUGUCAACCCACAAGCCUUGAAAGUGCUGAGGACAUCUGAGUUCAUGCCCUACGUUGUGUUUAUUGCUGCUCCGGAGCUGGAGACGUUACGUGCCAUGCACAAGGCUGUGGUGGAUGCUGGCAUCACCACCAAGCUUUUGACGGACUCUGACUUGAAGAAAACAGUGGAUGAAAGUGCACGGAUUCAGAGAGCAUAUAACCACUAUUUUGAUCUGAUCAUUACAAACGACAAUCUAGACAAAGCCUUUGAGAAACUGCAAAUUGCCAUAGAGAAACUGAGACUGGAGCCACAGUGGGUCCCAAUCAGCUGGGUUUACUGAUGAUUCCAUAAGGUUACCAAUUAAAAUAAAACUUUCACAAGGUGACUGUGACAAAUUAGCCUUCUACUGAAAACAUACAUGCACAGAUAGAAGAAGAAAUUUGCCAAGUUCAGGCAUUUUUAUUGUGUAGAUUAAAAUACCAGUACACUUUUGAAUUUUUAUAUAAAAUGUGGUUGGAAGGUAUAAUCUAAUAUAUAAUUUAUCUUGAUUUUUCUAACUUUUUAUGGAUAAUCUUUCUAUUCAUAUCCCAUAAAAGAAAUGCGUUGAAGCAUUUUGUAUAUGUUUUGAUUUAGUACACUGCUUUUUCUCAUCAAGAGAACUUUCGAAUCAUCCACUUUGGUGUUGGUCUCACAUUUUCACUGUGAUAAUGAAUACUUGAAAUAGUUUUGUAAAACUAUCAUUUAGUUCAGUAUUUCAUGAAGGAAGUUACUUAUUAGGAGAAAAUAGCUAUUGGCCUUCUUUCCUAAUAUAUUUUCUUACAAAAGCAGAAUCUUAUGUCAGUGCUGUAGUUAGUUAGUCAGCUGCCAUCCAGAUCUGACAUCAGAUGUCUGCUCAGUGCUACGUAGUUUCAUUAGUUCAGAGAUGUGUGGCUCUCCAUUCUAAUUUGUACAGAUUUAUUGAUUUUCCCCCUUCAGUUCUAUCUUGAGGGGGAUAAAAAUGAAGAGCAAUACCUUGCACUCUCUCAUUCGUUGCAGUGACAGGCUAAUGUUAAGUUAAUGUCUACACAGCAAAUAAGGCAGUGCUGGCUGAGCGAGUGCCUUAACCUGUAAAAUCUUGCAGCAAAGUGGCACUUAAAAGUUAAUUUAUUUUCACUUGCAAAAAUUGAACUGGCAAAAUGAUCCUUCUACUCUAGUUUUUUUAAUUAGGAAUAAAGUCAACAGCUGUAUCACGCCUCUGCAAAUCUCUUUUUUGAAGAAAACACAAAUGCUUCAGAGCUUCCAUUGCAUUUAGGAUUUCUGUGAACAACCAGUAUGUUUUUGAAACCAGUAUGUUAUCUGUUUUUUACAUUUUUGUUAGGAUAUGAAUUCUGUUUGGUGUUUAGUGGUUGGAAAAUAGUUCUUCUCUUUCAGGUGAAUUAAUUUAUAACAGAUUUUUAAACCUCAGUUGGAUCACUGACUUCCUUUAGGAUUAUUGAAUGAUAUGAAGUCUCUCUAAAUCUUAAUUUGUAGGACCUGGAGCAAUAGUACAGUAGGCAAACCAAAUUUUAAAAAAUUUCUCCCACUCCAUGUGGUUCCCUGAGCCCCUGAAUACAGAUUCAGGAGUGAGUCCUGAGCACUGUUGGAUGUGACCCUCAACCAAAACAAACCUAACAUAAUCUAUGAUUACAAUAUAUAAUGUAAUGCUGCUCAUUAAACUAAGUUAGCUGCAUUUUAUAUUGUUGCUAAAUUUUCACAUAAGCAUUGUUCAUAAAUAAAGUAUUGGGUGCUUACAUACUGGUGAACAUUUUUGGCCAUGAGAACCAGACAACUAUUUGCUAAAUUUGAUUUUCUUUCACCAAUGUGGUUGCUUGAAAUACCAGCAGGAGUGCUUAAAGGCAUUAAGAGGUAGAUACACGAUGUUUUUCACAAUGAAAUUUUAAAAUUGCUGUGUUGUUAGGAUUGGAAAAUUAGUAUUUUUUUCAAUUCCAAAAUUUCAUAUGCAGAACACCAAUUUGUGGUAUCUUAGAAUAGGAAAUUGGUGAUAAAAUAAGGUCAUGCUCUUUUAAUAGCUCACUUUUAAUUUAAUAGCCCACUUUCAAACCAUAUAUAUAUUUAUACCAAAUUCUUGACUUCUCAAAGCAACACCAAUCAAAGCACAGUAUCAAGGUGAUGUCAUACGCUAGUGUUUAAACUCAUGAUAAAUACUUUUAAAUUUCAUUCCCACACUCGAGUUGCAUUGCAAGACUGAGUAUGCUUUAAUGCUGCUGUGUGGAGCCUAUUUGAAUUGCUUUGCAUUGUUUGAGUAGCACAAGUUUAUCCACAAAAUAUUUCAGUCAUCUUGACAUAGGAGAGAUUUUGCACAUCAUAUAUUUUUUUAGCCUUAUUGUAUGGUCAUUAUUUAGAAAAUAGUCUACAUUGUUCAAGGAAUUAUUUUUAUGAUGAAAUGUACUCAUGGCUGAUUAUAUAAGAAGAAAUAAUGUCGUUCAGUUCAGUGUAUUUCUGUCUCAGUGCCAGAACUGAAUAGAAUCAAUGUAGAAAAGUUCAUUGUAUCUCAGUCAAGAAUCAUUGAACUUGAUGAGCUGGAGAUACAGUACAGGAAUUAAGACCUUGCUUUGCAUGAGGCCAACUCCGGUUCUAUCACUGAUACCACUUGUAGUCCUCAGCGCCACCAGAAUCCCCUUCGCUUUGCUGGGUGUGACUCUAAACCCACCCUCAAAGGAACCACUGAACUUGAAGUUGUAUUUGCAUCUGCAGGAACCAGCAAGUUUUGCUGGAGCAAGGAAUACCUGAGGCCACAGAACUCUUCUUCAUAAACAGUGAGAGAGUAGUUGUGGCCAAGGACAUCUGAAAUGCUCUUGUGGGAAUUAUCUAAAUUAGCUUUACCAAAGAAAACAUGAGUUUUGAGAAACAUGAUGUGCCAAUACAUUAAUGUUACCUGAGGAUUCCUUGUGGAAGGGUGAGUAUACAUUGUCGGCAUUCAGUGCAUGGUUACCUACAGUUAAAUAGUACAUUCAACAUUUUAUUCACACCUGGUGCCCACUGGAUAAGACAGUUAACCAUAAGAAUGUAUUUGAUAAUGCUAGAAGUUUAUUAAUGAUGCCUUGAUUAUGCAGUUUCCAUUUAUUUGAUUGGGGGGCCAUUUUUAAUUAUACAGUUAUCAAACAGAUUCCUAAAACAAAAGUCAUAUCAUAAACCUAGCGACCACAGUAAUAGUAUCUUGGACCUAGAUUCUAGAAGCCAGUAAGUUUGUUGAUGACAGCUAUAUUGAAAAUUUUUCUUUAAAAGAAAAAAUUGGUUAUUAACACAUCUAGAAAACAGUGCCAAUAGCAAUAAACGACAAUAGAGAGGCUUUGUAGAAUGCCAGAUACUGCUUGGAUCGUAAAUUCCAUUAACAAAGAUAAGUGCUUUCAAAAUUACAUAAAUUGGUACCUUUUAUAUAUGUAUGACAACAUGUCAUGAUUGGAGUUGAUUUUUAAUAUAGUUAUGGCAUUUAUUAUGAAUUGGUAAACUAAAGUUUGAUGUUUUAAAAAUUGGUUCAAAAUAAUAAUCUACUAACAUACUUUUACAAGUUCUGAGACAAUACACUUCUUGCCAAGAAUCACAAACAUUGCCAAUAAUUUUGUAGUAAUGAAUCUUUAUAAGUAUGAAAGAAAGCAAUCCUUAAGUUUUAUGUACAUAGGUAGGUCAUUUUUGAAAAAUGUUUGAGUCACCAUGUAUGUGUGUAUAUAUGUAAGAUUUUCCCUAAAUACAUAAAUAAAACUAUAUUCAUCCAUGUAUUUAUAA